CGCAAUGGAUCAGUGGACGGGCGUACAUCGGGCGUUUAUAAUACGCGCCUAUUAUAGAAAUAACGAUUCCAUAAGCACAGCACAGCGAAUGUUCAAGAAACAGUUUAGCAUUUAUCAGAUACCGCCCACAAAUGUAAUCAAAUCCUGGCUGCGGCAUUUCGAAUGCACGGGCUCCUCGCAAGCAGGCGGCUCGAUAGCGCGUUCCUCCUCCAUUCCUCAAAUCUUCUGCACCAUUUGCAAUCAGUGCUUGAGCAAUGAGAAGAAUUUCAGCAGCUCAAUCAAAUAAUAAUCAGAUUCAACUAUUUUGUAUUAAUUCAUCAAAUUUGUCUAGUAUUAUAUUCUAUGAAAUUCCUUUUACUCUAGUCUUAUGCUUUGGUCAUUUUAUAUAAUAAAUUGACGUAUUUUUUGCUAAUUAACAAGUUUGUUGAACAUUUUAAAUCAACACUUUUGAGUGCCAGCUUUCUGAGCAUAUCAAACGCUCGACAUUUGUCUCUUUGAGGGGGGGUUCUCGCACAUUUGUUUGUCAUGCUUGGCAAAAUGUCUUCGAUACGGUUGCUUGCCAUCAAAAUUGUAAGAAAAGCCAAAUUCUUUUGUCGAAAUUGUAAGUGACUGAAAACGAAAUAUUU